AUGUUUCUACAACGCGGCUCGAGAGUGCUGCGGAGGCAGUUGCAGACUUCCAAGACCAUUGGCAACAUGGCCAUGGGGAGGGGCACAAUGGCAGGAGCAUCGACACCCCGGUGGUUCACGGAGUCAAGGAGAUUAUACGCCGUGAAGCCUGUGCUGCUGGCGGAUAUUGGUGAAGGCAUUGUCGAGUGUGAAGUCAUUCAAUGGUUCGUCGAGCCCGGCGCCCGCGUCGAAGAGUUCUCACCGCUAUGCGAGGUGCAAAGCGACAAGGCGUCCGUAGAAAUCACAAGCCGUUUCACAGGCACGGUCAAGAAGUUGUACUACGACGCCGGAGAAAUGGCCAAGGUCGGCAAGCCGUUUGUCGAUAUCGACAUUGAGGGGGAGGUAGAGCCAGAGACUCCAGCGCCCAGCCAAGAACAACCACAGGCAUCAACACCAUCCACACCCUCGCCAUCCGAAUCUCAAAGCAGUGCCGCACCGGCUAGCGAUGCGCCGUCCGCACCAAAGCCCAAGGGCAAGAUGGCGGCGUUGGCGACCCCUGCGGUGCGACACCUCUCCAAGGAACUCAACAUUGACAUCAUUGAGAUUGACGGCACCGGGAAGGACGGCAGAGUCCUCAAGGAGGACAUUUACAAGUUCGUCAAGAACAGAGAAGAAGGCGGUAGCACAUCAACGCCGUCUGCUCCUUUGCCAACCGGCACGCCGGGGGUUCAGACAGAAACCAGAGCACCGCUCAGCCAAACCCAGCAAAUGAUGUUCAAGAGCAUGACGCGAUCCCUCAACAUCCCGCACUUCCUCUACGCCGACGAGAUUGACUUUUCAGAUCUCGUCGCCCUCCGCACCCGCCUCAACAAGGUCCUCUCCACGUCCGUCGUGCAAGACGGCCAGCCCGACAAACUCUCCUACCUACCCUUCAUCAUCAAGGCCGUCUCCAUGGCCCUGUACCAGUUCCCCAUUCUCAAUGCCCGUGUGGAGGUGGACGCCGACGCCGGCAGCAAACCGUCCCUCAUCAUGCGGUCCCAGCACAACAUCGGCGUGGCCAUGGACACGCCGCAGGGUCUCCUCGUCCCUGUCAUCAAGGAUGUCGGCUCCCGCAACAUCAUCUCCAUUGCCACGGAGUUGGUGCGAUUGCAGAAGCUGGCUCAGCAGGGCAAACUGGCGCCGGCAGACAUGUCCGGCGGCACGAUUACCGUGUCCAACAUUGGGAACAUCGGCGGCACGUAUUUGAGCCCCGUGAUUGUGGAGAAGGAGGUUUCUAUUCUGGGCAUUGGCCGCAUGAGGACGGUGCCUGCGUUUGAUGAGAAUGAUAAUGUCGUCAAGAAGCAUGUGUGCAAUUUUAGCUGGAGCGCUGAUCAUAGGGUCGUGGACGGGGCGACUAUGGCGAGGGCGGCGGAUGUGGUGAGGAGGGUGGUUGAGGAGCCGGAUAUUAUGGUUAUGCAUUUACGGUAG